AAAUCAUUAAUCAGUAAAUGUUUAUCUUAAUAAAAAAUUGUGUUAUUUUGUUUAAAACAAUCAAAGAAUCACAAAUAAUAAUGUAAUCAACAAAUGGGGGCGAAACUGUCACAUGGGUGUAAACUUUUAUGAUGUUACACAAACAUCAUGUUAUUUUUUAUGAAAUACUCUACCGAUUCAAACAAUUUUAGUUUAGAUAGUAGUUAUAAAAAUGUUUAAACAGCAACUGUCUCCAAGAACUAUUCACCCUUACCAAACUACUAUGGUACCUCGAAGUGAACAGCAAUUUUCAUCAGCAUCACAACAAAGAAUAAAAUACCCGUGGACUGAAGACACACCUGUUUAUGAAGUCGCUGCAGCGGACAGUUCAACGUCAGAUACUGCUUACCAUCUUCCACAUUAUUAUAAUGGAACUCUAAGGGAGUAUGGGCCACCAUCACCUGUCUAUCAAACACCAUAUAGCACAGCGACUGGUACCUGGCGCAAUUAUAGACGAGGAGAGAAAGUACCAGUUCACAACGCAGAUACUUACGCAUUCCCUCCCUGCGCUUCAUCAUUUUCCCUGCAGCUAUGUGAAGCUGAUUCACGUACACAUCCUGUAAAUCGUUCGCCCAUUCCGCCGCUGCCAUCUGUUAGUCCAGAAGUUCCUAUAAUUGGUGCUUGUGGAGGACACUGCCCUGGAUUUGAAUAUGUCUGCUACUAUAUUUUGCAAGUGAUAUUUGUUGUGGGUAUAUUAACUGGAAUCUCUUUAUGCAUUGCUGGCAUUGUGUUGAGACGCACAAACCGCAAUGGUGAUCUCGGAGUAUUAGUUUAUAUUGGUUGCUUGGCGUCGUGUGUGUGCGGCGUACUGUUGGGCGUGCAGUGCUGCGUGCGACGAGAGAUGCGCCAGCGCAAGUUACGAGCCAACAUGCAUAUACCAAUGCAAUCUAUACAGGAAGCACCAGCCGUAGCUUGCCCUUUGAUGACAUCCUCAACAUUACCUCAUAGCCGAGUAUACAGGCCGACAGUGAACGUGUGUGAAGAUGGCGACGUAACAGGAGUUCCUUGGUGGCGCCGCACUGCUACAGACUGAUUAGCUUUAAGUAUAUUAUAUUUUGAUGUAUUUACAAUUUAAUACUAUUAACUUUUUUUAUUUUCUGU